GGAUUUGUUCAGACUCCUAGGGAAAACAUCAAGCACGAAACGUCUGAUGACAUGUUAAGAAGCAUGUUUAUUAAAUAUCUCACUCAGCAGUCAAGCCAAGGAUGUUACUGAAGGCAAUCGUCUUUGUUUUAGCCAUAGUAUCUUUCGGUGCUACAAGGGCAUCCGCGGGCACAAGAUGCAACGAGACAGUUGUCAUACAUUGUCUACAUGCAUUUCAACAAUUUCUGGUCAACUUAGAUAUUUUUCAGACUACGGAAGUUGUGGAGUACGAAUUGAAUCGAUUGUGCGAAGAGGAGCCAAGAAUGAUGGAAUGCUUUGAAAAAAACAUCUAUCCUUGCUCCAAAAGCAAGCAGUAUGCUAUACGUGAAGAUCAGAGAGCGAAAAUACUAUUAUUGGAAGAAAUAUGUGAUAAAAAUUCAGCUAAUCGCAAGGGUUUCGUAUCGUACACAGUUUGUAGAAGUAACGAAGAAGAGCGUCUCAACAACUGCACCCUUAAAUAUAACAUUCCUAAGCGGUGGUCCCCAAGUGGAAACUGGUCUGAAGAAGAAAACAGAAAGAGAUGCUGUAUCCUCGAGGGUGUUAAGGAAUGCAACAGAAAAGCCACGGCUGAGAAAUGUGGUGAGGAAGCAGCUGCCUUCGUUGAAAAGGCAUUCAUGAUAUCUUUUGAAGACGAUAAUAUGACCUUUUGUAACAACUUCGAUCCAAACCCUGCGGCUUGUCUGAUGUACUCGACUGGAUCAUCUUUAAUUCAAGGACUGUACAGUUAUAUAUUUUAUUUUGCUCUUUUCAUGUUUAUUAGGCAAAUUAACUUAGUAUCAAAUCGAUGAUCAUUUAAUGGACAUUUUGUCUCUCAUUUCCGCUAUGUAUAUAUUAAUUGCAAAUGAAAGUUUGUGCUGCCGUGAAUCCCGAUAGCACAGCACAUUUAUUGGUUCCGUAUGCUGCAGCUUUGAUAAAUAAUCGAACAUAUUCUUACCGGAGCUUCGAAUUUUGUACACAGCCGUUAUUGAGGAGGAAAAGUCUUAGUUUUAAAACCUUAAUCUUCUGUCUAUUUUGGAUAUGAACAUUCUUUAUGUCAACAUCUCAUGAAAACGCUGAUCAGGCUGUCCGGCAACCAGCAGGUCGAGCCCGGGGGCAGAUCAUGGGCCUACUCUUGGAAUGAAAACAAGACUUGCUGUCAUGAAGCAACGAUACUAUCUUGCGUGUGAUACUGUGUAGGAAUUAUUUAAGUUCAGAAAACACAGUACGGAAUUCAAGUUAAAAGCACUGGUCAAGCUGUGUAAUGCAGUCUGGGAAAAAGAAAACCAAAUAAUUUUAAACUGCUAUUUUUCAUAUGUCGUAUUUCUUUUUCUUAUUUAAUCUUUUCAUUUGGAAAAAACCGAGCAUUACAUUCUGUAAAAUCUUUGAACAUCAGACUGAACUGACAACAUCUGAAAACUGCAUAGCAGAUUAUCAAUCUAUUUUAUUGUCGAAAAUAUUAACUUUGGAUAUUCCAACUUAUCGCACAUACAGAAUGAUUUCUUAAAAAUUAAUUAAUUUGAUUCUGAUUUGUUACUUUUCUGAUUCUGAUUUAUUAUGAUUGUGAAUACAAAUAAAGUUUGCAAGCAUUGUUGUGCA